CAGAGAAUACAGGCUUCACGGAUUAUGUGGACAUGUCGGUGAGCGAAAGCAGUAGCUAAUUAAUUUGGGUAUAAAUAGUGUUCUUAAAAUGAAAAGCUGACAGCUUGAAACGAAGUUGAUGUAAUUCGAUAUAUAUUUAACUGCAUGUAUUAGAAACUGAGCCACAAUGAUGUCAGAAUGCGACCCGACAGAGACAGACACCGGCGAGCCCGUGUUGGACUCGGGGGAAACAGCGGUGCCCGUGCUGGAGUCUAACUUUCGUUCCAUAGACCCUCCGAAGGUGUUGUUUGACAGGAACCGGAUAGGUUUGGCAACUGGGGUGAACCCCGGUGCCGCCAUACGCAUUUCGGACUCUUGUGAAAGCGUGUUAACUGAGCUAGAGACGGAGGGCUCCGGCGAAGAGACGCUGCUGUUACCGUGCUUAGCAGGAAGCUCGUCGUCUCCGAGAGGUGUGAAAGAGAAGCGGAGCAGGCGGAACAGGCACAGCUCCUCGUCGGAUAAAGAUGCCUUGGCCUCCCCGGGUACAAACAGUGGAGAUUUCAACCACUUCCCUGACGAUCCUGAGUUUGCCGAUAUUAUCCAAAGGGCAGAGCAAGCGAUUGAAAGUGGCGUCUUUCCAGAGAGGAUUUCACAGGGUUCCAGCGGGAGCUACUUUGUCAAAGACCCAAAAGGGAAAAUCAUAGGUGUUUUCAAACCAAAGUCAGAGGAACCUUACGGUCAUCUGAACCCAAAAUGGACCAAAUAUUUUCAUAAGCUCUGCUGUCCGUGUUGUUUUGGCCGAGGCUGCUUGUUACCUAACCAGGGUUACCUGUCAGAAGCUGCUGCCUCUCUGGUUGACACCAAACUCUGCCUUGGAGUGGUGCCAAAAACCAAGGUGGUCUAUUUGGCCAGUGAGACGUUCCACUACAAUGCCAUCGACAGAGCAAAAUCCAGGGGGAAGAAGUACGCACUAGAGAAAGUCCCCAAGGUGGGGCGACGCUUCCACAGAGUGGGCCUCCCACCCAAGGUGGGCUCAUUUCAGCUGUUUGUGGAGGGUUAUCGUGAAGCUGACUACUGGCUGCGUCGCUUUGAGGCUGAACCGCUGCCAGAGAACAUCAGGAAGCAGCUGCAGUCACAGUUUGAGCGGCUGGUGGUUUUGGACUAUGUUAUCAGAAACACAGAUCGAGGGAAUGACAACUGGUUGAUCAAGUACGAGACACCAGGAGAAGGAGAGGGACAAAAGGAUACAGAAUGGCCAGAGAACAGUCAGGACUCCUGCAUCAAGAUUGCAGCAAUUGACAAUGGCCUGGCCUUUCCCUUUAAACACCCGGAUGAAUGGAGAGCCUACCCGUUCCACUGGGCAUGGCUCCCUCAGGCCAAGGUGCCCUUCUCCCAGGAGACCAGAGACCUGGUGCUGUCCCGACUCUCUGACAUGAACUUUGUCCAGGACCUCUGCGAGGACCUCUAUGAGAUGUUCAAGACAGAUAAAGGCUUUGACAAAACCAUGUUUGAGAGACAAAUGUCCGUUAUGAGAGGACAGGUAUUGAACCUGACCCAGGCAUUGAAGGAUGGGAAGAGCCCCCUCCAGUUGGUGCAGAUGCCCCGGGUGGUAGUGGAGCGCAGCCGCUCAGGCGGCCAAGGUCGUGUGGUCACUCUGGGGAAUGCAUUUACACAAACCUUCCACUGCAAGCGGCCAUUCUUUUCCUCCUGGUAGUCGUAGAAGGAUGAGGGGAGCAGAGGAGAACUGUAUGUUAUUGUCCUGAAGUCAGUCCUGAAGCAAAGAAGGAUGACUUGAGAGAGAAGCUCAUCACACUGGAAACCGUUCAUGUUUGUUCUCACAAGGAAAGAAAUGAAGAAGGAUCCAACAAUGAUAGAAAAUAAGAUGAGGAAUUUUUUGUGAGGAAAUUGAGUUGAGGCUAAUUCCUCAUUUGCAGAGAAGUGUGGGAGCUGGAGAGAUUAGCAUACCACCGUCUCCUAGAGAGAGCUUGGGGCUGUUUGCGGUUACUAUGGUGACUUGAUUAGAUAAUCGGCUUUUCCACAGAGGUAGGCUUUGUUUAUUGUUAGGAAGCAGAAAGGAUUUUUUUUUUUUUUUUUUUUUAAAACCACCCAAGCUACCUACUAAAGUUUCAUCUAAGGUCUCUUAGUGUGAUAAUGGCCAAAGAGGAAGCACCUAAAUACCACAAACUAACAGUAAAGUGAUCCGAUGGUGUUUGGGAAUCUAAAGGAAGUGUUUUUUUUUUUUUUUCUCUUGUUGAGAUUUUUCCUCAUCUGGGAUAAAAUCAAAAAUAUCUGCUUUGCCUUGUAGGAUUACUUAGUGAGAUAUAGAUGUGCACUUACACUGCUGGAAGUGUUCAACCAUUUCCACCCAGCUUCAAAACCACACGUGUUAAACACAGUGUCUUCAACUCUCAGUGCUGCCAAAAUCUUUUUUGUUGAAGGAAUAUUAAAAAGCUUCAAGAGAAGAAAUAUUGUUGAAACUUGAAUUUGGAGGAAGUGGAGGACUGGGAAUAAACACAGUGCUUGAAUGUAAUCUGUUUACUGUUUAUACACAGAUUCUUGCUCCUAAACAUUUCAGUACAAGAGAAUGCUACAAGAAAUCGACUUCUCAUUACAAAGAAUGUAUUUGUUGUUUGACUUGUAUUUAAUAGCUGGCGAGCAGCUUUCUCUUGAACCCUGUGGCAUGGGGGGUGGUAACUCUCCUUUCCUUUUAUAAUGUACUCUGUAAAGAGGAAAAAUUGAGGAGAAUAUUUUAGACUUCGCUUGAUGCUGUUGUGUUUUCUUAUGUAUGCAUCUUGAAAUUUAUAUUCCAACUCAGUGAUUGUAUGAGAAGUUGUAUAUUUAACAGAUAAAAUAAAAUUUGGCAAAAUCAAGUCUUUGUUAUGGUCAGCUGCACAUGUUAUAGUUAAA